CUUCCCCCUUUCCCAGAGUUUCGUUUUAUCGUGCUUGCACACCCACUUCUGGCUUUCUCCCCGCCUACUUUCGGUUUUGGGUGGUGGUGGUGGUUUAUUUUUGCACGCUUGAGCAAGGAAGAGGCAGGCGGUGCCAGCCGGGGCCGUUGCAAAAAGGGCUUCUUUCUCCCUCCUUCCUCCAUGGCCUCUGCCGCCGCCGCCCGCGCCCUGCGGGAAGAGCUCUUCUGCCCGAUCUGCCUGGAUUACUUCGGCGACCCGGUGAUCCUGAGCUGCGAGCACAACUUCUGCCGCGCGUGCAUCACCACCUACUGGAGCGGCCUGGGCGACAGCUUUUUCCCUUGCCCGCAGUGCAGGAAGAGGUCCCGCUCCGGGAUGCUUCGGCCCAACGCGCAGCUGGGCAAAGUGGCCGAGAGGGCCAAGGAGCUGGCCUCGCUCGACGAGCUCCCCGGCGUCUCUCGGGGCGCGCCUUCCCCGCCGCCGGCCGGCAGCAGCAGCGACCCAGGAGCGGGGCCGGUGUGCCGGCAGCACCGAGAGCCACUGAAGUUGUUCUGCCUGGAGGACGAGGCUCUCAUCUGCGUGGUCUGCGACAGAUCCAAGGAGCACCGAUCUCACGCGGUGAUCCCCGCGGACGAGGCAGCCGAGGAGUACAAGGCACAAUUUCAAGACCACCUGGCUUCGUUGAAAACCGAGAGGGACAGCAGGGAUGUCCUUGCAGUGAACCAUGGGAAAAAGCUGGAGAUGUUGCUGGGUCGUGCGGAAGCUGAGAGGCAGAGAACUGUCCACGUGUUCCAGCAGUUAAGGAAGACCCUGCAGGACAGGGAGAGCCAUGCCCUACAGGGGCUUUCGGAAGUGGCCAGUAAGCUGAAGAGAAUGCAGCGGCAGAACGAGAGCAAGAUCCUGCAGGGGGCGCCGCUUCUACGAGGACUGAUAGUUGAGCUGGAGCAAAUUUGUCAGCGGCCGGAUACUGAGCUCCUCAAGGAUGCUGGGAGCCUUUUGAAGAGGUGCAAAAGCUGGAACUUUCCAAAAUGGUCGCCGGUGUCCACCGCGGAAUUGGAAGAGAGAAUUUUCCAUCUCUCUCGGAAGAAGACUGCCCUGUGGGAGCAUAUGACCGAGAUGAGAGAGAUCAUCACCUUGGAUGCUGAUUCAGCUCAUCCCAACCUGGCGAUUUCAGCUGACCGGAGGACCGUGAGCCGCAGGGAUGGCUUCCCGGCUUACCUCGACACUUCUAGAAGAUUCCACCCCUCCUUCUGUGUGCUGGGCUCUGAGGGCUUCUUAAGCGGCCGCCACCACUGGCUGGUAGAUGUGAAAGGCCGCUGUGGUUGGGCCCUUGGUGUAGCUCAGGAAUCUGUGGAAAGGAAGAGGCCCAUGGUACUUCAACCAGAACAUGGGGUUUGGGCUGUGGAGUUGGGGCCCUACCAGCUCCUUCCUGCAACGCCAGCAAAUGUGGCAGAGCCGGAGACUCCGACCCGCAGGAUUCUCGUUAGCUUGGACUAUGAGGCAGGGCGGGUGGCGUUCUCCGACCCUUGUAGCUCAGAAACACUCUUCACCUUGAGGGCAUCCUUCACGGAGAAGCUUUACCCUUUCUUCUGGCUGUGGUCCCCUGAGGCCUCUCUCACACUGUGUCCCUGAGGCAAAGUUGAGGGGUGGAAAGGAACGGGAGAUGCUGUCACCUGAUCACCGUCUUCUGCCCUGGAGUGAUGUGGGGGGAAAAUAAAGAACAACUUGCACUGGUUCACCCACAAAACUAUUUUUGUUAACUCCCAAUAUACAAACUGAUUCUGGGUCUGUGAGUCCUGUUGGAGCCAAGUAGAACUCAGAAUCUGCCAUGGUCUGUAUCUGGCGUUGGCAAAGGAUGAUGGGAGUUGAAGUCCAACAGUGGAUGGUGGGCCACACAUUCUAUACCCUUGAUCUAUAGACAAUCGUGCAUUACUAAACCCGUGUUUGCCGAUGAGGCAGAGUGCCCCGGAUAGAGUGCUGCAUGUAGGUUGCGGAGGGUUAGGUUCAAUUCAGCACAUGGUUGCAAAGUGCACUGCGUCGCUUCAAAAAGUUAUCGCUUCAUCUCUGCCGAAUCUACCUCACAGGGUUGAAUAAAUGGAGAAUAAACAUG